AUUGCAACGUGGCGCACUGGAAGCGCGAAUGGAUUCGCGCAAAUCGCCACAGCAUUCCUCUUCUUCCAUGGUACUCUCCUCUAUGAAAGAAGUGGCUGAUUCAGGAAGGAAAUGCUUCUCCGAUGAAAAUGUGGAAAUGAAAUCCUAGGGUUUGCAGUUUCCUUCCUUCUCCAUCUCAACAACCCUAACCUCAAAAACCCUACCUUUCUUCCACAAUGCCGUCCUCCUCGUCCUCCAGGCGCCGCCGUUCUGGCAAAGGAAUCGUGGAAGAAUCGCCGUCCGCGGCGGAGGCGGAGGCCACGGAGCCGGAGCCGGAGCCGGAGCCGCAGACUCCGGGGCCAAGCAGCAGCAGGAAGAGGCAGAAACAAAAGUCUGGUAGGUCUUCUUCCAAACCUCUUCAGUUGAAAACCCCUUCUAAAAAGAAAAGAGAAGAAGAUGUCUGUUUUGUAUGCUUCGAGGGAGGCAAUCUUGUCCUCUGCGAUCACCCGGGUUGCCCAAAAGCCUACCAUCCUGCAUGUACUAAUCACGACGAGGCGUUCUUCCAAUCGACAGUUGAAUGGAAUUGCAGCUGGCAUGUAUGUAGAACCUGUGAAAAGGCUGCACAGUAUAUGUGUUAUACUUGUACACAUGCCUUGUGCAAGGGCUGCGUCAAAGAAGCUGGAUUUUUCUGUGUUAGAGGUGAUGAAGGGUUUUGUGAGACUUGCAUGAAACUCGUGAUGUCCAUAGAAAACAGUGCCCAUGCAAACAAGGAAACGGCUAAGUUAGAUUUGCAUGAUGAAAAUAGCUGGGAGUAUUCGUUUAAGUGUUAUUGGUUGGAUUUGAAAGGGAAGCUAUCCCUUACUUUAGGAGAGCUUACUGGAGCUAAAAAUCCAUGGAAGGAAUCGGGUGUUUCGUCUCAUAAUGAGAAAUCUUGUGGCAAAUUACAUGAUGUCAUUGAUGGUCAUGACUCUAGUUCAGACAGUUCUUCGGGGCGUAUCGAUGCAAAUAAAUCUACCAAAAGAAAGAUGAAGAAGCGGUCAAGGUUGUUUUCCAAUGAAAAGGGUACUGGAAAAGGGGCAUUUAGUUGUGAAGGAACAUCUGUGCAAGAUGACGACGAGUGGGCUUCGAAAGAGCUCUUGGAGCUUGUUGCACGCAUGAGGGACGGAAAUAUAGCCGUAUUAUCUCAAAUUGACGUUCUGCUUCUCUUGCUAGAAUAUAUAAAACGAAACAACCUUCGUGACCCAUGCAAAAGAAGUCAAGUAAUUUGUGAUUCGAUGCUUAAGAGUCUGUUUGGGAAAGCACGUGUGGGGCAUGCCGAAAUGCUAAAGCUUCUUGAUUCACACUUUCUUAUGAAAGAAAAUACUGAUGCCGCUCAAAUAGAGGCUGACCGCAACCGUGAUGCCAGGAUUAAAAUGAAUUCUGUUAAGAAACGAAAAACACAUAAAAGAAUUGGGGAGAGAAGGCCUCAAACUAAUCUUGAUGCAUAUGCAUCAAUUGAUGUUCACAACAUUAAUUUAAUUUACCUGCAACGUAGCUUGGUGGAGGAUUUGAUUGAUGAUAUGGAUACGUUCCAUGACAAAGUGGUCGGCUCUUUUGUGAGAAUAAGGAUUUUGGGAAUGGAUCAAAGACAAGAUAUGCAUCGGCUUGUUCGAGUUGUUGGUACUGGCAGAGCAGAAGAGACAUAUAACACUGGGAAGAAGACAACAGAUGCUAUGCUUGAGAUAUUAAAUUUGAACGAGACAGAGGUUAUAUCUAUUGAUACAAUUUCAGAUCAGGACUUCUCUGAGGAAGAAUGCAAUCAUUUUUGUCAAAGCAUAAAGAGUGGACUUAUUAGCCGACUGACAGUGGGAGAGGUCCUUGAGAAAGCGAUGGAUCUCCAAGCAGUGAGAGUCAAUAAUUGGUUGGAAACGGAGCUGUUGCAACUGAGUCGUAUUCGUGACCGAGCAAAUGAAAAAGGCCGUAGAAAGGAGCUUAGAGACUCUCUUGAUAAAAUACAACUCUUGAGCACACCUGAGGAGCGUUCUCGUCGAUUGGAGGAACUCCCUGAAGUACAUGCCGACCCAAGUCUGGGUCCUAGUUUUGAAUCUGACAAGGAUCAUGGAGAUCAAGAUAAUAAUGCACUAGACCACAAGAGUCCAAGCGACACUGGGUUUAUGCAGAAGGGAAAGGGCCUUGCCUCUCCAGGAAAAGGCGGUUCGGCUUCCAGUGAUGGCUGGAAUAUGCCUACAAAAGGAAAAGGGGUAGCUGUAUCUUCUACCAUCAGUGAAACAGACAAAAUUUGGCACUACCAGGACCCGUCUGGGAAAACCCAAGGGCCAUUUUCUAUGAUGCAGUUUCGCAAGUGGAACAAGAACGGGUACUUUCCGUCUGACCUGAGAAUAUGGAAAACAUCUGAGGGGCAAGAAGACUCUGUACUACUGACUGACGAACUGCAUGCGAACUCCCAGAUAGAGCCAUUUCAGUGGGAUCCUUUUCAGAGCUUUUCACAGGCUCAGAGUAGUGGCGUGGUGCCUGGGAGUGGAGAAGAUAACCAAGGAGGAGGUUGGGGAGGGACCAGUUCGACUUCGACAGACAAACAGCAGAAUGAUGGGGGCUGGAAGUCAAACUGGGACAGUGCAAGUGGUCCUGCCAAUGGCAGUGCUGAUGGUUGGGCAACCAAGUCAUCUGGUUGGGCUGCAGCAAAAACAGAAGAAAAUCAGUCAUCUGGUUGGGCUGCAGCGAAAACAGAAGAAAAUCAGUCAUCUGGUUGGGCUGCAGCGAAAACAGAAGCAGCUCAGUCAUCUGGUUGGGCUGCAGAGAAAACAGAAGCAGCUCAGUCAUCUGGUUGGGCUGCAGCCAAAACAGAAGCAGCUCAGCCAUCUGGUUGGGCUGCAGAGAAAACAGAAGCAGCUCAUUCUUCUGGUUGGGCUGCAGCAAAAACAGCAGCAGUCAAUUCCAAGGGGGGAUGGGCAGGAAGUUCCUCACAAGGCUGGGAGUCGAAUGAUUCUAAUGCCGAUCAAAGCUCGAGACCUACAACCUCAUUUUCUGGGCUGGAUGUUGAGCAGCCUGCUGAAGCUGAUUUGGCUACAGGAAGCAAUGCAGCACCUUUAUGUGGUUUGGAUGUCACUGCUCCAGUACCAGGAGGUAGCAUGGAUAUUUUCCAAGGUGCAUCAACUGAUCGUUCUCCCAACCUCACUCCUGAUGUGGAUGGGGAAGCAAUGGAUGAUGAUGUAUCAGCAGAGAAAUUCCCAAUUUCAGGUGUCCAAGGAUUACCAACAAGAGAAUCUCUUCAGUCCGACUCAGGGAACCAGGAUCCUUUGCCAGCGUCAGUGAACAAUCAGGCACAUUCUUCAGAUGGGUGGGCCACGAUGCCAAUAGAAGAUCCAAAUAACGGCUCACGAGGAACACUCAAAAAUUCAGAUAAAGGUUGGGGGUUGGCCAAAGGAAAUGCCAACACGGCCUGGGGAAGAGCAACAGAAGAAAAUACUAGCAUGGGUUGGGGAACAGCUGCAGAGGGAGCAUCAACACAAGGAAACGCCAACACAGGCUGGGGAACAGCAACACAAGGAGAUACAAACUCGGGAACUGCAAAACGGGAAGCAUCACCGAAAGAAAAUGCAAACACUGGUUGGGGAACUGCCACACAGGAAACUUUAGCACAAGGAAAUACAAAGACAGGGUGGGGAGCAGCAAUGCAAGGAAAUACAAACAAGGCUUCGGGAGCAGCAAUGCAAGAAAAUACUAACAAGGCUUCGGGAGCAGCAGCACAGGAAGCAUCAAUGGAAGGAAAUACAAACACAGGCUGGGGAACAACAGCACAGGGAAAUACAAAUAUGGGUUGCGGAGCAGCCGUACAGGAAACAUCAACAGAAGGAAAUGCAAAUGCAGGCUGGGAAACAUCAAAAGGAAAUACAAAGACAGGGUGGGGAGCAGCAAUGCAGGGAAAUACAAACAAGGCUUCGGGAGCAGUCGCACAGGAAGCAUCAAUGGAAGGGAAUACAAACAAAGGCUGGGGAACAGAAACACAGGGAAAUACAAACACGGGUUGCGGAGCAGCCGUACAGGAAACAUCACCAAAAGGAAAUGGAAACACAGUCUGGGAAACAUCAAAAGGAAAUACAAACACAGGUUCGGGAGCUGCUGAAUGGGAAACAUCAACAGAAGAAGAUGCAAACACUGGCUGGGAGACAACAAAGGGAAAUACAAACACAGGUUCAGGAGCAGCAGCAUGGGGAACACCAAAACAGGAAACUACAAACACAGGCUGGGGAACAGCAACUCAAGGAAAUGCAAACACUGGUUCAGGAACAGCUGCAGAGACUUCAACACAAGGAAAGACAAAUACAGACUGGGGAACACAAGGAAAGACGAACACGAGUUCGGGAACUGCUGCAUGGGAAACAUCGAGGCAAAGAAAUACAAACACGGGUUCAGGAGCAGCUGCAAUGGAAACAUCGAAACAAGCGAAUGCAAACACAAGCUGGGGAUCAGCAGCACAAGGAAACAUGAACACAGGUUGGGGAACAGCCGAGCGGGGGAAUUCAAAUGCAGGCUGGGGAACAGCCGGUCGGGGAGAUGCAGACGUGGGUUGGAAAUCAUCUGCAGGAAAUUCAGACACGUGGGGGAGUCCACAGAAAAACAGUGGAGAGAGGUUUUCUGGCAAGGAAGGGGGUCGGGGCUUUCAGGAUGGUGAGGCUAGGCGUGGCGGGGAGAGGCCUUCAUGGAAUAGGCAGUCAUCUGGACGGGAAGGAGGUUCUUCCGGAAUGCCUCCUAGAGGGGGCCAGAGGGUGUGCAAAUUCCAUGAGAGUGGUCAUUGCAAGAAGGGAGCCUCCUGUAACUUUCUCCAUGCUUGAUCGAUGGUGAAGAAACAGUUUGGUUGUGUAUAGGUGUCAUUUUGUCCAGACUUAUGGUCAGGCUCCUGUCGUGUAGCUCAUGCAGGUAGCAGCAACAUGUAAUGCUCUUCCUAUCCUUUUUCAUGGUUUUUGUGUUUUGCUUGGAUCCGUUUGGUUUAUGUGACUAAAAGGACACGAUGUGGAACAUGGCUGUUAGUCUUUUUACUCUUAACAAAGAAGACCUUGGAAACUAACAUGGCUGUGAUUUAUAGCCUCA